AUGGAGGAUUGCAAGCUAAUGAGCAUACCAAUGAAUCAAAAAGAGAAACUUUGUAAAGAAGAUGGAGCCGGUAAAGUUGAUGAAGGGUAUUACAGAAGCUUGAUCGAAUGCUUAACGUAUCUCACUGCGAUAAGGCUGGAUAUUCUAUUUGUUGUAAGUGUCUUAUCUCGUUUUAUGCAUUGUGCAAGUGAGAUACAUUUAAGAGCAGUAAAAAGAAUACUAAGAUAUAUCAAAGGGACUAUUGACUAUGGUGUAAAGUUUGAGAAGUCUCAAAGCUUCAAGUUGCUUGGUUUCUCGGAUAGUGAUUGGGCUGGAUCCGUUGAUGAUAUGAGAAGUACUUCUGGACAUUGUUUCAGCCUAGGUUCAGGGAUAUUUCAUGUUCAUCUAAGAAGCAGGAAGUUGUUGCACAAUCUACUGCAGAGGCUGAAUUCAUAG